UCGGCACUUUUGGCACCGAAAAAAUGCCUGUACAGCUCUUUGAGGGGAAAGAUCACGCAGCGGCUUACCUGCAGUACAGAGUAGCUCCCCAUGAAUUAAUCAGCAGGAUUAUAGGCUUCAUGGAGAAAAGGACACCCAACCAGCGCAAGCUUGCUGUGGAUGUGGGCUGCGGUUCGGGUCAAGGGACGGUUCUACUGGCACCAUAUUUCACCAAGGUUGUUGGCACAGACAUCAGCCAGGCCCAGUUGGAGAUGGCACAUGCCAAUAGCAACCCUCCAAAUGUCUCCUACAGGCAGUGUCCUGCAGAAGAGUUGCCAUUUUCUCCAGGUGAGGCGGACCUUGUGACAGCCAUGACUGCAGCUCACUGGUUCGACCAUGAGAAGUUCCUGGUGGAAGCUGAUAGGGUGCUUAGGCCUGGAGGAUGCCUGGCUCUCCUGAGCUACACCAUGGACAUGGAGCUGGAAUAUGGCGAUAUCUCUGACACGCUCAAUGAAAUCUGCAAAGAGUUUUAUGCUGCCCUGCUUCCAUUCCGAGAUCCCUACUUGGGACCAAGCUCAAGGAAGAUCUACUUAAAAAUGUCUGAGACCUGCCCCUACACAGAGAAAGAGUGGAACGAGUGUCUCCGGGUGAAAAGAACCUUGCCUCUGAGCAGCUACGUCGGCAUGGUUGAAACCUUCUCCUCUUAUGAGAAACUGCGCAAGAAAGAUCCCAAGGAGGCCGAACGUCUUUCUGACUACAUCAGGAACAAGUUGCUGUCUGCCAUGAAGGUGUCUUCCCCCGAAACAGAAGUAACAAUGGUUAUGAAGUAUUUCUAUAUGUGGGCACAAAAACCUUAAUACCUUUUCAUCUUGUUCUUUAAGAGCAAACCAGAGCGCAACUGUAACCUUGAAAAUGUCUAAAAUCUUCAUAUUUCUGUUGUAGGGAAAACUCAGGUAUUUUCCGACUUUACUGUUGUACGAAUCGAUGAACUUCUUACUGAUUAACAAGCACCUUAACUGAUUUGGGUGAAUGGCACUGGAUAUAAAAUACCAUAUGUAUUUGGCCCACAUCUGGCCCAAACAACACUUUAUCUAACCCAAGAAACACCCUGUUGAUGGCAUUCGGCCCACAUCGGACCAACAUAAAGUUUUACCUAAACCAAACCAUGUCCUGCUAAUGACGUUCAGCCCGCAUCUGACCCACACAAUACUUUACCAAACCCAAGCCCCACCCUGCUUAUGAUAUUUGGCCCAGAUCUGACCCACAUAGCACUUCACCUAUCCCAAGCAAGAUCCUGCUUUUGACAUUCGGCCCUUGUCUAAAAACCAGGUCUCGCCCAUGACACUUAUCCAACACAAUACUUGCAAUAACCAGAGCAAGGCUCUUUCAUGCCAAUUUUUCUACAUUUGACCCAAGCCAGGUCACGCUUAUGACAUUUGGCUCAUAUCUACCCCAUCAUACACAUACUACAACUCAGCCAGGUCCACCAUAUGACAUUUGGCGCAUCUUUAGCCAGCACAACACAUUCAACACUUUCUGUAGGCCAAGCAUCUCACGACAUUUGACCCACAUCUGGCCCACACAAUAAUGUGUCUCAACCCAAGCUCAUUACAUGUAUCCCACACAGUACUGUCAACCCAAGGCAAAUCCAGCUCGAUAAUGUUGGCCUGCCCCUUACCCACACUGCAAGCCUUAACCUGAAGCAGGAUUCAACUCAUGACAUUUAGCCUUUACAUAGCCCACACAAUACUCGCUGAAACCUAAGUCUGGCUCAUGGUACUGGGCCUACAUCCAGCCCACAGAACACUUGCCUUUACUCAAGCUAGGUCUGGCUUAUGUCUUGUAGCCAACAUUAAGCUCAUGUGACACUUGCUGUAACCAAACUUAGGUCCAGCUCCUGACUUUUGGCCAACAUCUGGCCAACAAAAUGACUGCAAGUGCUUGAACUAGGCUGUAAGAGCCAGACUAGGCCCAAAUGUGCCUACUAUCUGGAUUAUUCUGAGUUAAGACCUGGUUUAUUAUCAGCUAAAAAGCUUUUUGCAGGUGAAACUAAAGCUAUAUCACUCAAUAUAUAGGGUAAAACAAAAUUAUGUAAACUCUUUAGCAUUUGGCAGCUACUUAACAGUACAGUUGUAGAUAUCAUCACAGCUGAUUAGCUAAAGUUAAAUAUAGCAGAAAAGUUGCACAUUUCCUAAUGUAUUGACAGCUUUAUGGUAAUGAUAGAAAGCUAGCUUAGGUUUCUAGAAAUAUAGUGUUUGCUAACUCAUUUAUGCAAGCUAAGUAACAAUUAGCACUCAGUCAUUUUCAAGCUUAUAUCACAGUUGGCUAGUUUACCUUACUGUUGGCUAAUAAUACACAUCUUUUCUAUGAUAUUGGCAAGACUGGCAUUACUCUAUAGCAAUGCUGAAAAGCUUGAUUUGACUGUUUGCUAGAAAAAUGUACCCACAUUAAAAAUGCAUGGGACUUUUAGGUGUCCUAAUCUCCAGUUUGGAAGCCACAGUAGUAUUUUUAUUUGACACAAACCUGGAAACCUUGAACUAGUGAAUGAAGUGUUGCUUCUGCUACUAUUCAAGCAUUGAAAAUGACUAAAAUAGAAUUUUUUUUUAAAAAACAAAAUAUGGAAUGGGGAGCCAAUUAUACAGACUAUUGUUAUGAAUAUGCUGUUAAACUAACUAAAUUCUCAACGAUGAUGGCAUCUAUGAAUUCAGACCUUCAAAUGACCACUAGAUGGAGCCUUUACAUAAAGCUGUGCUCUUACACUGGCCCACUUUGAAUCAACAACCCACAGACGUCCAUAUCUUGAUGUGAGCAUCAUUGAAAACCAGCUAUUAUUCUUGCAUAUUAAGAUAUACAUUUUAAUUUGCAGAAUUUAUUUGACUAAAAUCAUUAAGUUUGCUUUUAUUCCGAUUUUAAGAAAAAUGCAGUCAAUUGUAGCACUCAACGCUACUGUAUACAGAGUAUAGAUAAGAAUAAAACCACUGCUGUGCUUAUUUCUUUUUCUGAAUAAAUUUUGAAUAAAAUUUAAGAUCCUGA